CUGCGCACUCCGGCUGAGCAGGAUUCCGGACAACGCCUGGUUCCUCUCGGGUCCUUCCGGCGUCGCCGGAGUGAAUUGAUACGAGUUGAAGAGGGCUCCAAGGUGCGAAGUGAAGUCAGUGCCUCAGUAGCCGGACCACAAGGAAUGGGACCAGAUUGUUAAGUAGGUGUUGAGUUCCCCAUCACUGGUCGGGAUAUGGAAGGACAGGAAGCAGUUCUCCAACAGGAUGGUUAUUGAAGAGUUUUGAAGGUCAGUAUAUCUUUUAUGCCCUGUUCUUUUAUCACACAAAAAAAGAGAAGAAAUACUGCAGUGAAUGAAGAUUCUGCUGCAUUUUAGCACUGCUUUUCCUGCUGUCGUUGGCCUUUGAAUGAGGAUGACAAUGGAAGAGAUGAAGAAUGAAGCUGAGACCACUUCCAUGGUUUCUAUGCCCCUCUAUGCAGUCAUGUAUCCGGUGUUUAAUGAGCUAGAACGAGUAAAUCUGUCUGCAGCUCAGACGCUGAGAGCAGCUUUCAUUAAGGCUGAAAAAGAAAAUCCAGGACUCACACAAGACAUAAUUAUGAAAAUUUUAGAGAAAAAAAGUGUAGAAGUUAACUUCACAGAGUCCCUUCUUCGAAUGGCCGCUGAUGAUGUAGAAGAGUAUAUGAUUGAACGACCAGAGCCAGAAUUCCAGGACCUGAAUGAAAAGGCACGAGCACUUAAACAAAUCCUCAGUAAGAUCCCCGACGAGAUCAACGACAGAGUGAGGUUUCUGCAGACAAUCAAGGAUAUAGCUAGUGCAAUAAAAGAACUUCUUGAUACAGUGAAUAAUGUCUUCAAGAAAUAUCAAUACCAGAACCGCAGGGCACUUGAACACCAAAAGAAAGAAUUUGUAAAGUAUUCCAAAAGUUUCAGUGAUACUCUUAAAACUUAUUUUAAAGAUGGCAAGGCAAUAAAUGUGUUCAUAAGUGCCAACCGACUAAUUCAUCAAACCAACUUGAUACUUCAGACCUUCAAAACUGUGGCCUGAAAGUUGUAUAUGUUCAGAGAUGUACUUCUCAGUGGCAGUAUUGAACUGCCUUUAUCUGUAAAUUUUAAAGUUUGACUGUAUAAAUUAUCAGUCCCUCCUGAAGGGAUCUAAUCCAGGAUGUUGAAUGGGAUUAUUGCCAUCUUACACCAUAUUUUUGUAAAAUGUAGCUUAAUCAUAAUCUCACACUGAAGAUUUUGCAUCACUUUUGCUAUUAUCAUUCUUUUAAGAAUUAUAAGCCAAAAGAAUUUACGCCUUAAUGUGUCAUUAUAUAACAUUCCUUAAAAGAAUUGUAAAUAUUGGUGUUUGUUUCUGACAUUUUAACUUGAAAGCGAUAUGCUGCAAGAUAAUGUAUUUAACAAUAUUUGGUGGCAAAUAUUCAAUAAAUAGUUUACAUCUGUUAAACAUUUCUUUACUUGAAAAAAUGGAUGCAUAUAUAUGUGAAUAUAUAUAUAUGAUCAAAAGACCAAGACUACUUGGGUUAAUAUCUAAAGAACUACUAAUGGGAGCUUAUUAGCAGUUUAUCAGAUAAUAAAGCAGCACAAAAAAAAUGGGGGGGGGAUCCUUAAUCACUCGAGGCAAAAAAUAGCCAAUGGAAGUAUUUUUUUUAGUUAUUAUACAUAGGGUACUGAAUAUUUUUCCAGCCUGCUUUAAGAUACAUAUGAGAGAGAUGGCAGUUUGUAGUGUCUUUGCACUGCGAUGCCACUUCUGAACUCUGUGACUAUGUAAAAGUAAGUCUUUCUUGUGUGCUAAGGCCCUAAUAAGCUUUGUACCCUUUUUCUCCAAAAUAGCCACAACUAAUAGUGAUUUGAAGCUAUACCAAUGCUAGUUGGUUUGAAAUUGUCGUGAGUGCUGAUAAUAAUAUACACUCUUUAAAUAUAUAUAGUUUUAAGGAAAUUAUGUAUCAGAUAUUCAUGUUAAGCAUUUUCAUUUUUCAGUUAUGAAAUAAAGGAAAGAUCAAAGUUU